AUGGAAGGCACUUUAUUGAUUUUUGUGAAAAAAGAGAAGCAAGAGGAGGAGAAGAAGGAGAAUAAGAACAAGGAGGAAGAAGAAGAGAAAGAUAGGAAGGGACCUACCUACUCCAACCCUUUAAAGGUUACCCGAGGUAAGAGAUUAUUAAUAAUACCUUCUCAAUUAGUAUCGGCAUUGGAUGUUGCGACGCAAUACCAUUGUUAUCUAAUUAGAUUUGGAUCAGAGCACCACCACAUCGCUGAUUGUAUGAUGAUGAUGAUGAUAAUGAUAAUGAUGAUGAUGUUGUUGUUUAAAGAGGAGGAGGAGGAGUUGAAUCAACGCAAAAGGGGGUCUAUCUCUGUAGACGGAACUCAAACAUUGGAAGGAGGAGGAAGAGGAAGAGGAAGUGGUUGGCUUCAAUUGCAGCAAGAAGCAAGGACAUCUGUAAGAGAGAGAGAAAACAUUGCAUUGUAUUGGUUAGUAUACUUGGAUAACGAUGGAAUUUGUAAACAAUAUCAACCACAAUAA